UUCAGAUCCAGGAGCCGUUCUCUAGAGCUUUCUUCCUUUCUGUUUAUUGUAAUAAAGUGUAUUAAAUAGUUUAUAGUUUAUAUGGCAUUUGGCUGUUAUUGAUCAGAUUAUCCCACACUGGUCCCAGUAUGAAGAACACACCUGAUGCUGGUGAUCCUUCAGUCACUGGAGAACCAGAAACACUUCACGGAAACAGAGAAAACGGUGACACCCAGAGCUGUUCCUGAGAUGGACACCGGCGAGGUCAAAGAUACGGUCAUCAGAUUAAAGGUGACACAAGGAAACAUUAUUUCUGUUGAUGGACAGGAGACCGAAGGACAAUAUCUAAAUGCAGUUCUUCUUAAAGGAUUUUUGAAAUUGCAACCAAAGGCGUUGGGGACUGUGCAGGUGAUGAUCGGAGUGGUGGUCUUCUUUCUCGGUGUUCUGCUCACCCUCAACGACUACAAUUAUCCUGCUAUUCUGGUCUAUAGUGGCAUCACCUACUGGGGCUCUUGCAUUUUCAUCAUUGCUGGAUCUCUGUCUGUUGCUGCGCAGGAUAAACGUCAUCCUUCUGUGGUCAAAGCCUCUCUUGGAAUGAAUGUGUUCAGUGCCGUAACUGCAGGACUCGCCAUUCCUCUGAUGUCCGUACAGUUAGCUGUCAUAUCAAUGAUGGAUCCAAGUUUAUAUGCUGAGUAUUUCAGUUUGCGGAUCGUUGGAAUAAUGCUGGUGUUCACCGUUCCCCAGUUCAUCAUCUCCAUCUGUGUGUCUGCAUUCGCCUGCAAAGCCUCCUAUAACACACACUCUACACUGGUCAACGUGGCACUAAACCAGGGACACUGAACCACAGAGAGGAGAUCAGCCAGACAAAGUUAGAGACGAAUUAAUGCUUAAUAUAUAUAUAUAUAUAUAUAUAUAU